AAACGCAUGUACUGAUAUAAACAAUGGUUUUUUGGUUUGACGUUAUAUACUAGACCCUCUUCAUUUGGUGCUUUGUACUCAUUACCAAGUAUGUAAUUUUCAUGUUUCUCUGAAUCUCUUACUUGGGGUUUUCUUCUUCUCCUGGGGCACCUAUUUCGGUUCCUUUAAUUUGGUAUGCAUCAGUACAGAUUUAUGCGUCUUUAAAAUGGAAGGAACCAGUUCUAAACGUGGCACAUCAUCUCAAAAUACUCUAUCGAACUAUAAGAUGGUGAAGGAAAUUGGUGAAGGGGCAUUUGCUAAGGUGCAACUUGCAGUUAAUAUCAUCACAGGACUUAAAGUUGCUAUUAAGAUCCUUGAUCUUCAAUCAAAAAAUGCUUCCGAUGCCAAAAAAGUGAGACAGGAGAUUAAUAUCCUGAGGCUAUUUUCAGAUCCUCGUAUAGUUCAUCUUUAUGAGGUCAUAGAGACUCGGUCGAAAAUUUAUGUUGUCAUGGAGUAUAUCAAUUCAGGUGAUCUAUAUGAUUAUACUACAGUGCGUGGCAGACUCUCAGAGGAUGAGGCUCGCCACUUCUUUCAACAGAUUAUUUCAGGCGUUGAGUGUUGUCACCUCCACAUGGUGGUUCACCGAGACCUCAAGCUAGAGAACCUACUGUUGGAUUCCAAGCACAAUGUCAUAAUUGCCGACUUUGGUCUCAGCGAUAUCAUGCAUGAUGGUCAUUUUCUCAAAACAGGCUGUGGAAGUCCACAUUAUACUGCUCCUGAGGUUUUAUCUGGGCGACUGUAUGCUGGUCCUGAGGUUGAUGUUUGGAGUUGCGGUGUCAUCUUAUACGUUCUUCUUUGCGGGAUGUAUCCUUUUGAUGGUCAUGAGUCCAGUUUAUAUGCGAAAAUAAAGAGUGGAAUAUACUCAUUACCAAAUCAUUUGUCCCCUGGUGCACGUGAUUUGAUUAAGCGGAUACUUGUUCUUGAUCCUAUUAGCCGUUUAUCAAUUCCUGAAGUACGUCAACAUCCUUGGUUUCAACAGCAUCUUCCACGAGAUGUAGCUAUGCAUUCAACCACUGCAACUCCUAAUACAAAUAAUGCGCAGGCGCAGGCGCAUAUAGAUAGUCCACAAGUAUACUUGAGAUCACCGGCUAAUUUGCAGAGAAACUGGACUCUAGGAUUUCAGUCUCAAGCAUCUCCUCAUAAAAUGAUGACACAUGUCUUAAAGGUUCUUCAGAAGUUACACGUGCGAUGGAAGGAGAUUGGACAUUACAACAUGAAAUGUCUUUGGUUACCUGUAUUUCCCACCUAUUCUAGACCUGUACUAAAAUGCGGUCCUUCUAAAAAAAGUCAAAGCUGUGGUGAUGAUUCAUCAAUUACAAGUAUGAGCAGAGUGUGUGUUAGGUCACAAAAUGCUGUCAAGUUUGAAAUUCAGCUUUACAAAGCCAGUGGAAAUUUAUAUGUUCUGGAUUUGCAAAGGAUUGAUGGCUCCCCCUUUCUCUUCCUUGAAGUCUCUGCCGCUUUUCUUGCAUUAGUAGUGGCAUAAUUUUGUUUAUUCUGCUGCACCGUACGAAGUAAUGUGAAGUUUAUACUAGUUUUAAGAUCAAAGGGUAUCUGUUGUAUGUAUGUAAGCGUAGUCAUUUAUACUCGAGUAUAGUGUUGCUUUCAACUGUUAAACUUGGUACUUUUAAGUACCAUAUUACAUUAUAUAUGCAGCCUUGGUUCUAAUUGGAAGUUGGAACAGACAAACAAAUAUUCAAUUUUUGGUCGAUAUUUGAAGUGUUGAUCAGUUGUAUGUAUAAUAGUUGAUUUUAUUUUUAGUUUUUAGUUCUCUC